UCAUAUGUUUAACAUUAUAUACUAAACAUAAUUAAUUAAUUAAGUAAAAGCACACAGAUUUUUUCACAAAAAUUAACUGUUUUAGUCAUCAACAUUAUAAUUAUGCAUUCCAAAGUUUCUAAAAAUAGGGGAGUGUCGAAGGACAAAGAGAUUAAUGCGGAUCAAUUUUCCGUACCUGCGAAAUUAUGGCAGCACAAAUUCGUGGGUGGCAGAUGGGAAAAAAUUAGCGAGCAGGUCCUACCAACUGAUAAGCCGCUCUUAGUAACCACUCAAUUUCAUCGCGACGCCUGCUGCUCACACGGAAGGGCGAACUUACUCAAGGUGAAAGUGUCGGAUAACAAUAUCGCCAUGGUAAUGAACCCACACGCGGAAAUUUGGCUGAAGGAUUCGGAACGCUAUUUCGUCAAGGAUUUGCAGAGUUUCACGGGAACAUUUGUGAACGGCGUGAAAUUGAUGGAGGGGGAGGAAAGGAGGCUGGCAAAUGAGGACAUAAUUUCAUUCCCAAAAGACCAUCGCGAUCCAUGGUUCAAACAAUGGGAACGCGAAAGGAGGCCAAUUCCGGAUUCGAUGUUUAAGUACUUCGGGGCAUCCGGCCUACUUGCAAAAAACAAUGGAAUUGCAAAUGUUAAACCGUCAACAGGACAAGAAGAAAAGGAAGUGGAUAUUUGCGAUAUUUCGUAAUUUCUUAUUCUCAGUGUGAUUCAGAAUCCAAUCGUAAGGCUUAAAAGAAAUGUAUAAUUUUACCUGGUGUGGCGAAUUUUUUUUAAAUACACAAAUUUAUUACAAAUGUGUAUAUAAAAAUUUCAUUAAAAACUGUUAAAUUUAUAACUUGGAAUUGGGCAAUUUAAUAGAUAGUUAAUUGCUGGCCUGAGCUAACUGAGGUCUUAACUGGAGAUUUCGAAUAAUUAAGUAAUUUGGAUAAUUUAUUGCAGAUACUUUCGAAAAUCCUUAGCCAUCUCUCUCUCCCUGCUUUGAAGAAGGCUCGCCAAGUUUGCAAACAGUGGAGAAAAGAAAGCAACAGAUUCUUCUGUAGUCUGGGACAUUUCGACAUUCCUGGCGUAGCGUGCCCUCAUUGGCCAACCUUAAAAGCAUUUCAAGAAAUAUUGCAAAUUCAAAAUGUAACCUUGGAUCUCAAUCCAAUCCCAAAGUGUAUAAAGGCAGGAAUGGAUGAUUGGGAGUCGAUAGAAGGAACAAUGUGGGAUUACGAACGCACAAAAUAUUUGCAAAAUUUGACGUGGUGUUUCCAAACUUAUGGAAAAACCGUGAAAACACUACAGCUAAUUCUGAAAGCGGAUUUGUGGAGCGUUUUCAUGGGCAUACUUCCGAAAUUGGAAAACCUGAAUUUUCUCUCGCUCGAGAUUACUUCAUCACUUAAUUCGGAAGAGUGGGCGACUACAGUAAAGUUUACCAAGGAUUUAAAACUGUUAUCCGUCAAGCAGUUAAGCUUCAAGUACGAGGAGAGAGAUUUAAUAGUUGGGAGAGGGCAAGGCAUGUCACUCGAGACGAAAUAUACCCAGCUUAUUUUAAAUAUUUUACUCAUGUUUCCCAAAUUGGAGGGGAUAAAAUUCACUGGAGCACGGCUAACAAACUUUAAUGCAAUUUUCUUCAAAACACUGUAAAAGUAUGGGGAUAUGAUGGCAAACGUGGAUUCGUUCUCGAUCACGAAUAUAAGCACCUCUUCUCUGGAUCCCGACUCGUUAAUUAAGGGACUUGCGAAAGUGAAUUUUAAAAAGAAGUUGAGAAAACUUGAAAUUACAAAUGCCUCUGUUCCUUUGGGGAAUUCUAGAACGCCAAAAUUAUUGUUCAACCUGGUACAGAAACAUUCAGAAACUUUAGAGCAUUUAACUUUAGGAGUUCAGAAUCCUGCCAACUUUUUCCGCACUACUGGUUAUCCCAUCUGUCCAAAAUUGAGGGUCCUGAAGAUCGGGGUUUCCUUCCCCGCUUUGGAAACCAUCAUUUUUGAUCGUGAAAAGAAGUUUUUGAAAUACAAGUAUCCUUUGAGUUUGGCUGAGAAUGAGUCUUUCGUCCCCUUUUUACCUCCGAAAGAGGAACCUUGCCUUACCGUGAAAACAAUUAUACUCCCGGAAAUUGGGAGAUCUGGGAAGGAUCCUGCAUACACAUUAUUUAUGCAAAAGCUUAGCAUAGGAUUUCCCAAUGCGAACAUUGAUCAAGAAAGAUUUGUCCUUACCAGACGUGGGGAUUGGCACCUGCUGAGAGAUGAUGGUGAGCCGAACGAAGAAUUUCGAAUUUCGAAUUUCAAUGAGUUCGUCGUGCGGGAGGAACACGGAGACCUCGACAUUUUGCAGGAAAGGGAAGACAAUAAUUAUUCCGUUGAAAGUGACGAUUCUUCUAAUGCGGAGGAAGACGAGAUGGAUUCUAACGAUGGCUCAACUGAUGAAUCUGACGAUAAUUUAAUGGAAGAAGAUGAUGACGAUGGCAUGGGCCAGUGUGCUCAGCAGUGAUGUGCCCGAUAAGGAUAUUAAACAAAUGUUUUAUUUUACAUUCAUACAUACAUAAUUAUAUAUUUUAUAAUUUUAAUAGAGUUAAAUACAUAAUUUCCAGGUUAAUAAAAAAACAUUUAUGAAAAAUACGAAAUCAUCAUUAGGAAACACACAUUAGGAAAUAUUUUAGAAUAUUUCACAAAAUACAUUGAAAACGCGAAAUAUUUCACUUCUGUGAUAGUCAAAAUAUAAUUGUUUUUUUUUGUCCAAUGCUUAUGCCGACCUCGGAAAAUAAAAGGAAAAAAAUAAGUGCAUAG